AUGGCUACUAACGUUUGGGCGUUGCCUAUAAUAGUGGGCCGCUUCUGCCCGUUAUCCUUCCCCCUCUCGCUCUCCCUCAUCCAGGGCCUUAAUGCCCCAAUUAUCAGUCUUAUAGGCCUGCUCCCAGGCUUCGCUAUCAAGGCCAACUGGCUCACUGCAAAGCUUGCAAGACGCACCCAACAGGUAGGCCAGGCCUACCAACCCCCCCGGGGAUGGAAGCUUGACCCAAUAGUGGCAAGCACCCCCAAGCACCUGGCGCGGCGGUAUUACCAAUUCAAGACCGGCCACACCCCAAUCGGGGCCUAUCUGCACCGAAUCAAGGCCCGAGACUCCCCUAAUUGCUUGGGGUGCUCUAGGGGGACUGAGACGGUAAGACACCUUCUUACAAACUGUCGACAGUGGUGCCACCAGCGGGAAAAACUAUAUGCCGGCUUGGCCGAAGCGGGGGUAAAGGCCCCGCAGGAUAGCGAGCAGUGCCCCGAAGCACGCCUAUUCCAGGACCCAAAGGCCACUACAGCGCUGCUGGCGUUUAUAGGGGCCAUUAGGGAGCGAGAGGAUAACCAACAGGCCUGGGAGCAGGCCUAUAAGACUGAUAAUUGGGGCAUUGAGGCCCUGGAUGAGGGAGAGCGAGAGGGGGAAGGAUAG